AUGGCUUCUUCCCUGGUUGACCCGCAGAAACGCGCUCACCUAAGAGACAAGUACAAGCAAGCAGCGCGAUCCAUCAUCCAAGAGCUCCAGUCUCGGUCUAAGCCUGCCUACACGCACACUGAGCUCGCUCAAUUCCGAGUGUCCGUCCAAUACAUCGAUCCAGAGGAUCACAAAUUCACCGAUUCCGAAGCUUGUCUCUUCCAGCCACUCACCCAGGAAGAGCUUAAAACAUACAAAAUCGACAAAGAAACACUUUCUAAGGACGAGCAUCACUACAUCACCGAAUUCAAGGAAUGA